AUAUGUAUAAAUAUAUUUUCUUGCCUGUAACUGUAAUUUUUUGAAAAUGUCGUGUGUAAUGUGGAUGUUGCUUUUAACUGUCCUGACUUCAUGCAUUGGCAAAAUCGGACCGUUUGCUUCAAGGGAAAAGCGAACUCCUACUGACACGACUAAAGGUGGUCAGAUAUUUGUUGCUUGUGACGACACCCUUGAAUGCAGCCAAACGUUGUAUUGUAUCCACGGAAAGUGUCGUUGUGCAGAAGAAGACUAUUGGACUGGAAACGCUUGCUCACCAAGAACAAACAUGAGUGCACCAUGUAAUACAUCAAAUGAAUGUUACGGUAAAUUACUGUGUCGUGAUGGAACGUGUCAGUGUGAGGCAUAUUUAUACUGGGAUGGCAGUAACUGUUAUAACAAGAAAACUUGGAGACAGACGUGUGGUUCUUCGAAUGAGUGUGUUGAAUUACUGCAGUGCUCAGAUUCCACAUGUCAGUGUAGGGAAACAGACUUCUGGAAUGGUGACAAAUGUGUUUCCAAGAAAGUUGUGUUUGAAACCUGUGCAUCCAGGGAUGAAUGCAAAGAUCCAAUGCAUUGUUACAGACAAAGAUGUCAAUGUUUCAGCUCCGACUACUGGAAUGGUUCUUCAUGCUCAUUAAGAAAGACUAUUAAUUCCAAAUGCACCACACAUUUAGAAUGCAGUGAAACUCUUCAGUGCAACUUAAAUAAAUGUCAAUGUUCUAACAAUGACUACUGGAAUGAAAUUUACUGCACGAAAAAAAAGUCAGUGACGAUGUCGUGCAAGAUUGAAAAUGAAUGCCAGGAAGGUCUCCGUUGUUUGGAGAGUAGGUGUCGGUGUCCCACUACUAAAUACUUGAACGACAAUGCAUGUCUCCCUAAGAAAGACUUGCAUACUGAUUGUGAAUCAUCUGUUGAAUGUAAAGAUACACUAAGUUGCAGUAAAGGAACAUGUCGUUGCGACGAGUCAGAAUUCUGGAACCGAACAGCAUGCAUUCAAAGUAUAAAUAAAUUAUCAUUAAUUAAAAAAAACUCUAAAUACGACAUAUAUGAACGUUGA